UUAAAUCACGUACCCGUAUCCAACGUGAAUGUCAAACAUGGCCCUUGUUAUCGGUACAUUACAGACUUAACGGAGUAAAAAGUAUGAACGUCACGAUUUUUUUAACCCAAAAAAAAUUCUUUAGUGACUACGAUUUAACUACUUGAAUGGUAACACAUUUCCAUAUGUGAUUGUAAUAAGUUUAUAGCGAAAAUGGUUUCGAGCCACAUCAGUCGAGGGGUUCGUCUGCUGUUCGGUCAAAUAAAGCGAUAUGCUGUGGCAACAAACCAACCAGCUCGGUGUGUGACCCAGUCGGCGACUCAGCCGGAGCCCUGCACGGCAAAAAACGAGUCCGUUAAUCCGACUUUUAUGAACCGAAACCCGAGGACCCUGGAGCUGAUGGCCCUGGCAGUGAAGGACCGCGGCUGGAAGACGACAUGGCCUCACCGCGAGUUCUACCACAGGUUGGUGUUUUCCCGAAGUCAGAAAUUUGUGACGGCACAAGUCUUCUCAUGCUCCUCACCCGACCCGGUGCUCUCAUGUUCGACCAAAGAGUGGGCACUGAAGAAGGAUCUGCCCUCCACAAACUGCGUGGCGGCCUGUCAGGCCGUGGGUGAGGUGCUGGCGCAUCGAUGCAACCAGGCUGGCAUCACCAGGAUGGUGUACAGGGCCAUUCCCUGGACAUAUCGCUCAGAUGCCGUUCAGUCAUUCCGGGCAGCAAUGAAAGCUGGAGGAAUCAUCCUCAGUGAACCCAGAAGGAAAUACAUUGAAUCCUAAAUUUAGGGCUCAUAUGUUUUGUAAAAUUCAUUUUCAUGUUGAAAUAGCCAUCAUGCCAAUACAAUGACACAAUUGGGAUGUUU